GAACGUAGCCAGCCUUGAUCGAUCAACCCACAACCAAUGGCGCCGUGCAUAACCGUCUCGCCUGUUAUGAUGGCGGCGGCACUGAUGCUGCUGACGUCGUGGUCGCUCUUGGCCGGAGCGGUGGUUAAUCCAGAACAGGCGAUGGGGAUGCCCGGCUGUGACAUCACCUGUGGUGACAUGAAGGUGCCGUACCCGUUUGGCAUGGGCGCCCCUAGCUGCUACUGGCCAGGGUUCAACCUCACCUGCGACCGCACCGGCAAGACUCCGCGGCUGCUGCUCGGGGAUGGAAACCUCCAAGUCCAAGAUCUUGACUUCGUGCAAUCCUUGCUGUCCGUCACACACACAGGCGAGAUAAAAACUGACGCUGGCGGCAGUGGCAGGUUAGGCGGUGGCCUGAGGGACGACGGGCCCUACAUGCUGGCAGCUGACAGCGAGCUCGUUCUGACAGGCUGCAACGUGCGGGCGACACUCAAGGACGGCGGUGGUGCUACCAUCAGCAGCUGCUCGUCGGUCUGCGAAGCCGGCCACGAACCAGUCACGUACGUGCCUUCGAGGCUCCAAGGCCAGAUGCUGUGCACUACCAUUGGAUGCUGCCAGGCGGACAUCGUAACGAAGAAGGUGGCGGCCGGACGGAAGCUUUCCUACGGCGUCCAGCUCGACUACUUUGGCGGGAAUCGCACUGCUGACCUGGAGCGGCUGCCUGCGCGUGUGUUCGUCGCGACGAAGGGGUGGUUCAAGCAGCGCAGUGUCUCCGACGAGCUUUUGCAGACGAGCCGGCCACCGUCACAAAACGCGGUGGUGGUUCCAGUCUGGUUCACGUGGGAGGUCGUCGGCCAUGGUGUGGAGCCUGACAGCAACGCGACCUCGGAAGUGUGCCCCGAGAAUGCAGCCAGGAGCGUGUGCAGGAGCAACCACAGCGUCUGCUCCAAGGAUGCAGGAGCAAGAGGAUAUACGUGCUACUGCAAGGGUGGUUACCAGGGGAAUGCCUACGUCGCCGGCGGCUGCACAGACAUCGACGAAUGCAAGGACCAAGAAGAGAACAGGUGCUACGGCGUUUGUAUUAAUACUGUGGGAGGGUACGAGUGCCUGUGCCCCGGUGGAACCCAUGGUGACCCUUCCGUGCCUGGGAGCUGCUUUGCUUCCAAUGCAGUUAUUUUCUUUCGCAACUCUCAACCAGCUGCAGAAGACAACCUAGAUUCACAAAAAUAA